UGUCGGUUUAGUGGGGUGAAAGGUUGCGAAGAUGGCGACGGCCUUGAGCGAAGAGGAGCUGGACAAUGAAGACUAUUACUCGUUGCUGAACGUGCGCAGGGAGGCCUCUUCGGAAGAGCUGAAAGCUGCCUACCGGAGGCUCUGCAUGCUGUACCACCCCGACAAGCACAGAGACCCGGAGCUCAAGUCCCAAGCGGAGCGACUGUUUAACCUCGUUCACCAGGCUUAUGAAGUGCUCAGCGACCCGCAGACCCGGGCCAUCUAUGACAUUUAUGGGAAGAGAGGACUGGAAAUGGAAGGAUGGGAGGUUGUGGAACGGAGGAGGACGCCAGCCGAGAUCAGAGAAGAGUUUGAGCGGCUGCAGAGGGAGCGGGAAGAGAGGAGGCUGCAGCAGCGAACCAACCCCAAGGGGACCAUCAGCGUUGGAAUCGAUGCCACAGACCUCUUUGAUCGCUAUGAGGAGGAGUACGAAGACGUGUCCGGAAGUGGCUUUCCGCAGAUUGAAAUUAACAAGAUGCACAUAUCGCAGUCCAUCGAGGCACCCUUGACAGCCACAGACACGGCCAUCCUGUCGGGAAGCCUCUCGACCCAGAAUGGGAACGGAGGGGGUUCCAUCAACUUCGCCCUCAGACGAGUCACCUCCGCGAAGGGGUGGGGAGAGUUAGAGUUUGGAGCUGGGGACCUGCAGGGGCCUCUCUUUGGUCUAAAGCUGUUCCGUAAUCUCACACCAAGAUGCUUUGUGACGACCAACUGUGCUCUGCAGUUUUCGUCCCGCGGGAUCCGGCCCGGACUCACCACUGUCCUGGCUCGGAACCUGGACAAGGACACCGUGGGCUACCUGCAGUGGCGCUGGGGCAUCCAGUCGGCCAUGAACACGAGCAUCGUCCGGGACACCAAAACCAGCCACUUCACUGUGGCCCUGCAGCUGGGAAUCCCUCACUCCUUCGCACUGAUCAGCUACCAGUACAAGUUCCAGGAUGAUGACCAGACCCGCUUGAAAGGGUCCCUUAAGGCAGGCUUCUUCGGGACAGUGGUGGAGUAUGGGGCCGAGAGGCGGAUCUCCAGGCACAGCGUUCUCGGGGCAGCAGUCAGCAUCGGGGUUCCCCAGGGCGUUUCUCUCAAAGUCAAGUUAAACAGAGCCAGUCAGACGUACUUCUUCCCUAUUCACCUGACAGACCAGCUACUCCCCAGCGCCGUGUUCUAUGCCACCGUGGGGCCCCUCGUGGUCUACUUCGCCAUGCACCGUCUUGUCAUCAAGCCAUACCUCAGGGCUCAGAAGGAGAAGGAACUGGAAAAGCAAAGGGAAAACACAGCCACCGACAUCCUGCAGAAGAAGCAGGAGGCAGAAGCUGCGGUUCGGCUGAUGCAGGAAUCUGUCCGCAGGAUCAUUGAAUCAGAAGAAUCCAGAAUGGGCCUCAUCAUCGUCAACGCCUGGUACGGGAAGUUUGUCAACGACAAGAGCAAGAAGAGUGAGAAGGUGAAGGUGAUCGACGUGACGGUGCCCCUGCAGUGCCUGGUGAAGGACUCGAAGCUCAUCCUCACGGAGGCCUCCAAGGCUGGGCUGCCUGGGUUCUACGACCCCUGUGUGGGUGAAGAGAAGAGCCUGAAGGUGCUCUACCAGUUCCGGGGCGUCCUGCACCAGGUGAUGGCGCAGGACAGCGAGGCGCUCAGGAUACCAAAGCAGUCUCACAGGAUUGAUACAGAUGGAUAAACUGCUUAAGAAACCAGAUUAAAAGAGGCUGCAAAAAAUCUUUUCCUGGGAGUCUACAAAUUUGGAAGCAGGGAAAAAACCCAGAUAUAAGAUAUGUUUAUUUUAUAUUAUUCCUAUAGAAGGUGGUACCGUAUCAAUUAUGUGAAGGGACAGAAACGGCCGGCUUCCCUGGGUGCUGUAGGCCGGACUGAGGCAGCCCCACCAGGACCACAACCGCAGCACAGCGUGUCUUUGUUCCCAAGGAUCAUGUCCCCGAGGGAAGGGCCCGGGCCCCGGCCGCCUCGGGGUCCCUCCUCGGGGUCUUCAGCACUUCCGACCGCAGUCACCCCGCAGCCCUCGGCCUGUCCUGAGGCCGCUGCGCAACAUCCCGCCCUCACACAUAGGACCGGGAACUGCUGCUCCUGAAACCUACACUGAACACAGAAAUGGAAGAACAGCGGUCUCCGGCCCAGUGAGCAUGUGUGGCCAACCUCCCGAAAGCCACCUUUUCCCGCUGAAACAUGGAGAGGAGUGUGGGUUUAUAAAUCUGCUUUUUAUCUGAGAACAAAUGAUUUUGGAAAUUAGUCCUUUUUUCCCCCUCCCAGAACUUCUCAAAUCAUUCCACUGGCACCUGGCUUGGGACAGGAGUGUAACUGUGGUUCCCAGGGCCAUCCCUGUCAUGGGUCACCUGCCUCCCAGGGCGUCCCUCUCACCACAGCCCACACGGCUCGGCCUGACCUGCCGGUGCCGCCCACCACAGUGCAGGGCUGGGCUGCAGGGGGUCGGGAGGAGGGGAAGCACGGGCAGGGCCGCGCGGCGCCAGCCUCACACUGCCAAGCGCCUGUGCUAGCACUGCCGGGGUCCGGUGCCGCGCUCGCUCGCGGCCAGCAGGUGGCACUGCGGCUCCCCGCACCUGGCCGGGCCCAGCUCCUUCCUCACCGGGGACUAAGACCGCCCUUCACUGGCGUCUGGGGGACGCAGGAUGCUUUGGGAGCCGGGACACUCCCGAUCAGCGGCGGCUGCCGGCUGCGACGCGCAGAGACCUGGCCGGCUUCGCCCUGACGCUGGUGCCAGUGGAAUCACCGAUAACCCCCUUCCUCCAGUCUUUAAAAGCAGUUCCGGUCAUCCAGUCCUGUCCUAUUUAUCUCCGGUGUAAAAUGUCCUCUGAGCUGCGGCCCUGCACGCACACCGUGCAGUAGGCACGGCGUUUACUGAGUCUGACUGCGGGCAGCCCUGCCCCCUCCCCGGUCCUCCCCUCGCCUCAAAUGGGCGCCGGUUCUCUAUUCCGCCUGAAAUGGACUGUACAGGAGGCCGUCUUUCCACAAUAAACCUUUCCUGAA